AAAUGUUAAACGUUUAUUUUGACGGCAUGCUUUCAUUUUCUGUUCAAAGAUUGUUUAAUGAGACAUUUUGUAUGAUAGUUUGGUUUAAUUAAAGAAUAAUGGAAUGUCUUUGUGUUAGUUAUGUUUUGAAAACGUGUGAAUUGACGAAAAUUAAUUAAGCCGGCAUGCUUUCAUUGUCUGGUCAAAGAUUUAUUAAUAAGACAAAUGGUAUGACAGUUUGGCGUGAUUAAAGAAUAAAUAAGGUAACACGCUUAACCAGACAACAAUGCUGUUUGCAAAGUAAUUAUAAGGGCUGACUAUAUAUAAAGAGGGUAUCUGAAUGAGCCCAAAGUAUGUGUUUUGUUUGUGUCGGACAAUACUAUUUGUGACUUGGAAUACGAUUGCUAUAUAGUUGUGUGGGUUUCAGUGCAUCUGCCAUGUGUUCAAACAUAUAUGUGCUUAUUUGAUGUCGGAUACAAUAAUUUUCUAGUGUUAGUUAGUUUUGUGUUUGUGUUUCUGCAAUGGCAGAAGUGGCAAAUUGUAUACAUUGUGGAAAGACAGUUGGGCAGAGGCAACGUGCUGUUUCUUGCGAUGCCUGCGAGCGAUGGCAACACAUAGGCUGUGAUUCUGGUAUAUCCCUGGCAGAAUACAAAGCAGCAACAAGAGGCGAAAGAGAAAUUCACUUUCUAUGUGCAGAAUGUUGCAGAAGCGUUCCCACUAUUCAUAGUGUGCCUGAGGACGAAAGGGUAUCACAUGUUGACCCAGAUUUAACACAGUUAGUAGAACCUGAUAGUGCUGACGCGACAUUUCUGAAUGGGGACGUUUAUUCUCCUAUGGCCGCCCCGGUUGCAGAAUCAACAGUAAUCCAUCACGUAAGUAUAUUAUUUAAUAUUCCCUUCCGCGAAUUAGUUUGAUU